UUCCACCGCAUUCAUCAAUAAUCCUGUUUGGAUCUUUAUCCUGGAUUCUCCAAUUGGAUUUCACUCUUUGGGCUAUUUGAUUUGGACUGCACUUUUAGUAUGUCAACAAGAAAUUCAGUUAUUGACUUUUAUUUUGCUGUAAAUUGAUGGUAGAAAGUUUUUUUGAAUCAUAAGUAGUGUCUAUAUUCUUAAUCUUAAUAUUUUUGUUUGGACUUGGGGCUGCAGUUGGUGAGAUUUUAGUCAUGGAACUAUGCAAUUCCACGGUGCUUUCUUUGUUAUCAAAAUGAAGCUUGGCCAAUUAUUAUUAUUAUUAUUAUUUUUUUCAGAGUCUGGGACACACUGGUUUCUUGUUUUCUAUGCUUUCAGUCAGUAUUCCUUUUUGAUAAAGAAUCCUUAGAUUAAUAUUUUAUUUUGGCAACAGUCAAUGCCCGCUUUUGCAAAAGUACUGCUCUUCAUGGGAGCUGGUCAAUGAAAACUAAUCAAUGCAAAUUAUGUCUGCUAUGCUUUCUCUAAAUGGUUUUAUGUUGACAGGAUUUCAAGUAUGUCACUCGCUUGGAGGAGGGACAGGUUCUGGCAUGGGUACCCUCUUGAUCUCAAAGAUAAGAGAGGAAUACCCAGACAGAAUGAUGCUCACUUUCUCUGUUUUUCCAUCACCAAAGGUCUCGGACACUGUUGUAGAACCCUAUAACGCUACACUUUCAGUGCACCAGUUGGUGGAAAAUGCAGAUGAAUGUAUGGUCCUUGACAAUGAAGCACUCUAUGACAUCUGUUUCAGGACCUUGAAGCUCAGUAAUCCAAGCUUUGGUGAUUUGAACCAUCUGAUCUCUGCAACUAUGAGUGGGGUAACCUGUUGCUUGAGAUUUCCCGGCCAGCUGAACUCAGACCUCAGGAAGCUGGCUGUGAACUUGAUACCUUUCCCACGUCUUCACUUCUUCAUGGUUGGAUUUGCGCCACUCACCUCUCGUGGAUCACAGCACUACAUCUCUCUCACUGUCCCGGAGCUAACUCAACAAAUGUGGGACUCGAAGAACAUGAUGUGUGCUGCUGACCCACGCCAUGGUCGUUAUCUGACAGCCUCUGCCAUGUUCAGAGGGAAAAUGAGCACCAAAGAGGUCGACGAACAGAUGCUUAACGUGCAGAACAAGAACUCAUCAUACUUCGUUGAAUGGAUUCCAAACAAUGUCAAGUCUAGUGUUUGUGACAUCCCUCCAACUGGCCUGAAAAUGGCAUCCACUUUUAUAGGUAAUUCAACUUCGAUUCAAGAAAUGUUCAGGAGAGUGAGCGAGCAGUUUACGGCCAUGUUUCGACGCAAGGCCUUCUUGCACUGGUACACUGGAGAAGGGAUGGAUGAAAUGGAGUUCACCGAAGCUGAGAGUAAUAUGAAUGAUCUGGUAGCAGAGUACCAGCAAUACCAGGAUGCCACUGCAGAGGAAGAAGAAGACUAUGAGGAGGAGGGCGAUGAAGAGCACUAUGAGGGUUAAAACGUCAGCGACAUGUUUGCUAAGUAGUACUGAUCAGUACUUGUUACAUAAUAUGCCACAAGUAUUUCUUGUGAUCAGUUGUUCUUUCUGUGUUGUCUACUACCAAGUGAUGUAAUGGUUCCUUUCUGAGUACCUGUUCGUUUCCAUCAUUUCCAUUCCAAUGUUUGUGUAAUGUUCCAGUAUAUGUCUGAACAUUGGAAUCGUUUGAUGUCUAUUUAAAAUUACAGAAUGCCAUACAGGAAAAUAUUGCAGCUUUUACCUCA